AUGGUUACGGACACAACGUACUAUGAUCGUCUUGAAGUGAAACCUACAUCAACGAGAUUGGAAAUUAAGAAAUCGUACAGAAAACUAGCCAUUAAAUUUCAUCCAGAUAAGAAUCCUAACAAUGAGGAAGCUGCAGAGAAGUUCAAGGAGAUUAGUGAAGCCUACAAGGUGUUAAGUGACGACCAGUCACGUCAGAAAUACGAUCAGUUUGGAUUACAAGAAGGACAGGAGAUGACGGAUCCUGAGCAGUUCUUUGACCAGAUAUUUGGAGGAGAGGCUUUCUUGGAUUAUAUUGGUGAGCUUACGUUAAUGAAGAACUUGAGUAAAGAGUAUGAGCUUGAGAAAGAAGACGAAGAAGGGAGUAAAGAGGAUGGAAAAGGUUCAACUAGCACCGAUAAGAGUACAACUGCUGGAGCCACCCCUGCUGGCGCCACCACUAGUACUGGGACCACCCCCUCUACCGAGGCAUUGAGAUUGGAGAAUGGUGAACUGAAUACUUUAACAGUAGAUGAGAGGGAGAAACAAAUAAAGAAAGAGAAAGAGAGAAGAAAAAAAGAACAUCGGGAGAAGAUUGAUGAAGAGAACAAAAAACAUCGAGAAGAAAUCGUAGGAGGGCUUACGAAGAAGUUGAUCGAUAGGUUGUCAUUAUAUACAGAGUCAGAAAAGGACGAAAGAGUGGUGAAUGCGUUCAGAGAGAAGUUCCGACUUGAAGCAGAAAACAUGAAGACGGAGUCCUUUGGUCUUGAAAUAUUGCACGCCAUAGGCCAAGUCUAUUUGACCAAGGCCAAUAUAUUCCUCAACUCUCAGAACACGUUUCUAGGACUUGGCGGUUGGUAUGGAUCAAUGAAAGAGAAGGGAAGUAUUAUACGAGACACGUACAGAACCAUCAGUACUGCUUUGGAUGCACAGAGAACAAUGCAGGAGUUGACUUCGAUGAACGAUAAGCGCGAUCAGUUUUUGAAGCAGGAAGAAGAGAAGAAGAAGGUUGAAGAUGAGGGAGCAGCAGAAGAUACUGUGGUGACCGAAAGUAGAGGCCCUGAAGAGAACGUGGUACCGGAAUCUACUGAUGACAAGAAUUCUAAAGUUGCUAAAGAGGAACCCAUUCCAACAGAUGAGGAGGUGGCACACAUGGAGAAGAUGCUUAUGGGUAAGAUAAUUGCUGCUGCCUGGAAAGGAUCGCACAUGGAAAUAUCUUCAGCUCUUCGAGACACGGUGGAUAAUGUACUUUAUGAUGAUACUGUAGAUCUAGCCAAAUGUACGCAAAGGGCAGAAGCACUUGCUAUUGUCGGUAGAGUGUUCAAGGAUGCCAAAAGGUCGAGGUGGGAAGCAGAAGAAGCCAGAGUUUUCGAAGAAUUGAUGGCAGAAGCAACGCAGAAGAGAUCGAAGAAGUGA